UGCGCAUGUGACUGAGUAGCAGUGCCAAGGAGGACAUUUGAUACCCCGGGGCCUGCAGAGAGGAGCUGAGCGCAAAUCACCGGGCAGCGGCAUGGACAAACGUCCCAGCACCGACUUCCGCAGCAAGACAAAGCUACUACGGUUCCUUACCCCUUGUUCGAAGAGAGCCCGCAGUGUUAUGACCAUUGUUGGGGAGCAGCCCUACAACAGCAGGCUACUAUCCACAGAGAUCGUUUGUCCUUCCCAGCUUUCUCCGUAGUAGCGCACUUGCCCGGGUAUCCACCGCACCUUUGGGCGUCAGACGGAUUUAGUUAAAUCGGUGUUGCUGAUCUCAAACAAGCCGCUAUUGGUGGCUCUGACCUGUCGCUGUCAAACCGCGAAGCUAAUCCAAUCAAGUGUUUAAAGCCGAGAAGCUAAGAAUAGCAGCAAAUACUGUAAAACAAAGUUUCAGCUCUUCAACGUGGUGCUUGAGGUAACAGAGCAAAUGAACCGGGCACCAUGUACAGUUAAUGUCAUUGAUGAAUCACCUGCCAGAACCGAGCAGCCGUUCUUGCGAGGACAUCACAACAGCAUUGCGAUGAUCACAAGGAUUACUUUGGAUCCAUGGUGGGAGCACUGAAGAUAAUACAAAGGAUAAGACCGCGGAUAUAGGUUACAUAUGGUGCCAGGUGUGUGUGUGGUAUGUAGGCAGAAUGAGCAGCACAUUUGUUACAUUAGCUGAAGUAUUGGAGGCUCGAGGGGGACCUCUGCUAGAGGAGGAGGUCUGGUCACUGCUGCUUGGUGCUGCAGAGUGUUUAAUGGAUGUCUCUUAUAAGGGUCAUAACAAUAUGUGCAAUAUUAUAAGCCCCACCUCCUUGCUGCUGUCAGCCACUGGAACCUUAGCAUUUAAGAACUGUGGCCUAUCAGAUGAGGUAUCCGCCUUUGCUGCUCCAGAGAUGCUGCAGGACCGUGCCAGCUCAACCAAACCUGCCACAGAUAGGAUGCUGGUGUAUUCACUGGGAAUGACUCUCUACUGGUCAGUUGAUUUUCACCUACCUCAAAAUCAGCCAGUCCAGUUGAGUGACCAUCUAAACAGCCUCCUCCUCAGCAUGUGUGAGGACCUGGCCCACCGCAGGGUAAAUCUCAGCUCCAUCCUUGAAGCCUGCGAAUCUCAGCACAAAGCCUCCAUCCUGCUGCCCCCCGCCAAAGUCAUCAGACAGCUUGUUGAGGAGGUUUUUCAUGAAUCAAUAGACCAUGGUUCUCUUCCAGACAGCAACAUCCCUCUGAGUGGCAGAAGCCAGAUGAUCAGAGAGAGACUUCAUGGAAAGAGAGGACCAUUUUCAGACUUCAGCGACGGGAGUGCUGAAGGGAGAAGGUACUCAACGGACUCAGAUUCAAAGUCAGGGAGUUUUCCACAAAGACCUUGGAGACAAAGACCGAGAAGCUCUCCUACACACGUGUACCAGUCUCCACUAGAAAGACUCCCUCGUGGGGUGCGACGUAGGGACAGCAACUGCAGUUGGGUUGGUCGGAGCCCCCACCACGAUUUCUCUCCAAAAGCAUCAGGCAGAUCUCACAGUCCCUCCAUCACCUUCAGUGAGUCCUCUCUAAGCCUGAGCCAGAGGAAAGCUAAGGCUUUGGGUCCUGAGUUCAUAAGAAUGCCAGACGAGCAGCAAAUUUUUCUUGAGCUCCCAGGAUCCAUUGUGUCCAGAAAAGGCCAUUCAAGUUCAUCCCAGAGAGAAGUGACUGUAGUGCUACUUAAUGGACAGUACGUGAUUGUUCGCUGUGACAUUAAAUCCAGAGCAAGAGAUGUGUUUGACAUGGUGGUGGCUCACGCAAACUUGGUGGAACACUUUUACUUUGGUCUUUCCUUCCUAGAUGAUGAUGAAUAUUUCUUCCUGGAUCAUGAAACUAAAAUAUCCAAAGUUGCGCCUGACAGUUGGAAAAAAGGGCAGAUAUCCUCCUUCCUGGUGUUUCUACGAGUCAAAUUUUUCGUUGAUGACAUCGCCUUCAUUCUGCACAAACUAACUCGUCACCAGUACUAUUUACAGCUGCGUAAGGAUAUCUUAGAGGACAGGCUUUAUUGUAAUGAAGAGACAGGCUUGUUCCUAGCUGCUCUUGCUCUGCAAGCUGAGUUUGGUGAUUAUAUGCCAGAGUUGUAUGGUAAGAAUUAUUACCAGCCAGAGCAUUAUGUGUCCAAGAGGAUGCUGGAGAAGCUUGCCUUGCCCAAUGUCAAAGAGGAGUUGCCAAGACUGCAUGCAGGUCAUGCCCAUUUACUACCAGACGAAGCAGAAACAGAGUACCUCAAGAUUGCUCAGCAGUUACCAGAGUAUGGGGUUAUGUUCCACCGUGUGGGAAGAGAGAAAAGGCCGCUGAUAGGAGAGUUAGUUUUGGGAGUUUGUGCCAAAGGAAUCGUUGUGUAUGAGACAAAGAACCACUUGCGAGCUGUCACCAGGCGCUUCCUAUGGAGGGAAACAGACUCCAUAUCCACUGGGCGGCGUAAACUGAUUAUUGAGUGUGGCGGGCCCAGUGGGAAAAAGCACAUUUUCGUAACAGAAAGUUCAAAAAUAGCACAGUACCUCCUGAACCUGUGCUCAGCACAACACAAGUUUCAUAGCGAGAUGACGUCCCGACAGCUCAACCACACCAUGAUACCUGAUGAAAACAUAUCUGCCUACCGAGCUCGUAGCAGGAGCUUAAAGCGGAUAUCUUGCUCAGAAGGCAUGUUGAACCAUGUAGGUUUGACACCUGGUCAACCAGACUCCCUCUCAAAGUCCUGUGAUGACCUAACUGCCAAGCUGGAGGCUCGGCUAUGCCAGCAGAGAGCGAUGAGGAGAGAGAUGAGCAGAGAGCUGAACAAAGAACUGCCUGAAACAGGAGAUGUGAAAGAGCGACAGUGUUGGAGCACUCCAGAGACAAUUCCCAGAAUGAUGUCCAGUGCCUCACUACAUAAGCAAGACUCUGACACCUCAUCCUUCAUGCGAGUUGAUACACCAACUCGGACCCCACCAGAGAGAGAGAUAGUUUGUGUGACCCUGAAGAAAGAUGCCAAACUGGGUUUUGGUUUUGUGAUAGUAGGAGAGGACAGUACAGGAAAACUUGACCUUGGGAUCUUCAUUGCAUCUAUUGUGCCCGAUGGGCCUGCGGACAAAGAUGGAAGAAUUAAACCUGGAGGACGUCUCAUCUCCCUAAACAAGACCAGUUUGGAAGGAGUGACAUUCAGUGACGCUGCUGCCAUCUUACAGAGCAGCCCUGAAGAGGUGGAGCUCAUUGUGUCCCAGCCUAAAUACUCGCUUAAGGAGAGGCAGGCUUCCCUGAGUCAGAGUACCCUUGCUUUGUCAAUGGAGAGGAGCUUUGGGUCGCAGACCACCCUGAGUGGCACUGAGUUCCGUCCCGCCUUGGAGGAAUUGGAGGAGGCAAUCACACUGUCCAACAUAGCAACCCCAAAACAGAACAGGAAGCUUCACAUUCCUGUUGUACGAAUACAUGAUGCACAGGAUGUGUGUCCGAGGUCUCCUUCCAUCAUAAGCCUUAAAGCUGGAGAGCGGUUUGCAGUGCAGCUAAAGAAAAGCAGUGGUAGCCUUGGAGUCAGUGUCACUGGAGGACUAAACACUAAUGUGCGAUAUGGAGGCAUUUACAUCAAAAGUCUGGUGCCUGGAGGCGCUGCCGAGCAGGAUGGACGCAUUCAGAUUGGUGACAGACUGCUGGAGGUUGAUGGGUUCAACCUAAGGGGAGUGACUCACCAACAAGCUGUUGAAUGCCUCAAGAGGACUGGGGAGGUGGUGAACCUCCUGCUGGAAAGAGAACCCACAGUAGUAUUGGAGCCUAGACCUGACUUGCCUUGUCCUGCAUUGGUCCACAGCCUGUCACACACACAGCCGUCCAGGGCUGAAGUCGCCAUGGAAACGACCUUGAGUGGUCGGGCCAAGCACUACAGCUUUGUAACUGAUGAAAACACCUACGAGGUGGUACUGAAGAAGAGCUUGUCUGGUCUUGGCUUCAGCUUUUACAUCUCACAGCUCUGCUCAGCAGUAGACCGUGGUAGUGUGGUCCGCAUCAAACGCCUGUUCCCAGGUCAGCCAGCUCUAGAAAGUGGCCUGUUGCGAGAGGGAGACGUAAUUCUGUCAGUCAACAAAGAGCCUGUGAAAGAUCUCUCUUAUCAGAGGGUUUUGUUCCUUCUUCGGGGAGCCCCUUCUGAAGUGCAUCUGCUGAUCUGUCGACCAGGUCCUGGAGUACUCUAUGAUGUAGAUGAUAACACACUGAGGCCUGGAUGUGUGCGAGAGUUUCGAUCACGGUCUCUAGACAUCCGACUCGGAGAGGACUACAGCCAGUUCCUUAAGUCUCCAGACAAAGUCAACAUACAUAUGGUACCUCCAACCAAAGAAGAGGAUCUGACCGACACAGCAGAGAAAAGCCCUGAGCUUCCUGCACCUCCACCACCCCCUGAGAGCCAGAGCAGUCUGGAUGGUGAAGUUCAGGAUGACCAGACUUUUCCAUCUCCUCCUCGCACACCCCCAUCACCAACAUCACCCACAUCUCCUCCGUCACCAGUCUCGCCAGCUUCACCUGCAUCACCAGCAUCACCCACCUCACCUACCUCACCUAUAUAUCCACCACCACCACCAGAAGCACAACCAGUUGAUGGGGAAAAGGAAGCAGAAGCUAAAAGAAGGAACAGUGAUGGGGAAGAAGAGGCUGCAUUAACACAAAGCUCAGUUGUGAUGCUAAUGGAUGUUUACCCUAAGACUGCUUCAAAGCCUGUUUAUACCAGUGGAGUCAGAGAGGAGGCAGAUGGAAGUGUGACCUACUGUCUUAUGGGAAAUGGACUGACUAUCAUGGCAGAUGAAGAGUACCUGACCAUCAGCUCCACACUGGAGCCUUCUGAAAGUCUUCCCAUCAACAACACAUCAACUACCAACCUCACAGAGCUUAGCUCUCAAACCUCCAGCAGCUUUCAAACUCUAAACCUCAGUCCUCCCGUCCCCAAUAACACCAUCUCACCUCUCAACCUUUCAUCUGACACUCCAACCACUUGCCCUCUGGCAUCAGGGCACCAGCACCUGUCUCAGCCACUCACAACACAGCCAAAAACCAAGCAUCACCCAAUCAAGCAGGGAAUUCUUCCAAGUCACUUCAAAGCCACAUCCAAGAACAUACGGCCUACAUUGCCUCCCCCUGAGCCUCAACCAGUGACCCCCAUCACAGCCCAGAUUAUUUCCUCGGUGCCUCCCUGUGCUGGUGCUCCAACCCUGCCAUCCACAGUGCUUGUCCCUCCUGCCCAGAUCCAUACGCAGCUGACCGAAGAACCAGAGAGAAAAAGCAGAGAUUAUGCAAAUGACACAGAUGAUGAAGAUUUGGAUGAGGAGGAGGAAGAGAGUCGGAGAAAGGGAUUGGUUAAAGAGUUUGAACUUACAGUGGUUCUGACCAAGUCCAGGAGUGGAAGCUUUGGGUUCACCGUCACCCGAAGCAAACUGGACAGUUGCUACUAUAUACAGGAAAUACUGGACAACCCAGCCAAGGCAGACGGGCGGCUCAGAGCUGGAGACAGGCUUAUCACAGUAAAUGGGCAUGAUGUUACCAGUGUGGCAGAUGAUGUUGCUAUGACGAUUCUCAGGUCUUCUCCAAGAAGACUGAGUAUGACACUGGGGAGAGCGGUUAGAAACUUGGUGGCUCCACCUCCCUGUGACAGCCUGCCUGACAUUGUUCUUCACAAGACACCUUCAGGACAGCUAGGAAUAAAGCUGACAGGCGGUAUUGGCAGCAAAUGGCAGGGCAUCUACUGUUUGGAGGUGGUGCCAGGCUCCCCAGCCAGUGAGGAGGGCAGUGUCCAACCCAGUGACAAGAUCCUGUACAUCUGUGGCAGGUGCACCCUGGGAAUGACCUUGGAGGAUGCAGUCAAAGCCUGUGAGAUCGCCCCUCGUAAGGUGAAGCUUAAAGUCAUCAGAGAGGAACAGCCAGUAACCCCCAAGGCUAAGUGGAACGGCCUGUUUGAUUGGAAAAAAGACAGAAAGUUCUUUGCUCGCUUUGAAGACCCAGCCUCCCCUGAUAGAGAGUUUGCCUCUGAAGAUACUGAAGCUGUUUGUAGGACUGCUGGGAGGUUCAGAUGUCUCUCUCUGUCUCAAGAGCAAGAUAGUUGCAUCAUGCAAGUGGAAUUCAAAAAACCAGAAGGUGGAGGCCUUGGCUUCGCUUUGGUUGGAGGAACAAAUGGCAGCAUGCUCAGAGUGAGGGAAAUUUGCUCUGGUGGAGCAGCCGAGCAGGACGGUCGAUUGCGAGUGGGGGAUAUUCUGUUAGAGGUGAAUGGUGUGAUUGUGUCCGGGCUGAGCCAUAGUAAGGUGGUGGAUAUCCUGCGUAAAGCUGAGGGUACUGUCCAGCUCACCAUCUGCAGAGACAUCUUACCCCUGACCUACGCCGAGUCACCAACACCACCCAAUAUGUCUGCUCAUCCAGAGGCUAUUUUAGCUGAGCAGCCAGCUCCUGUGUCCAGCCCCAAUACCUGUUCGACACCUGAUGUCAUGAAGAGUAGGACAGUUAAGCAGCCCCAUGAAACGACUUCUGACCCUGCUGUUAUUGAACCAGAAGUUAUCCUAACCUCACCACCUGUCCCACCUCACAGAGUGACUGUUGUAACAGAUGAGAGCCCAAAUGAAGAGGAGAGUUGUAACAACUCCCCUUCUCAUCAAGCUUGCUGCCCAUCCCUCAGUGUCACUGACAUGUUGCAUGGAGCCUCUGACAGGAAACAAAUUGUGACCAAAUUUUUGGACCAGUCCUGCAAAGACAUCCGGAAAACUCAGUCUGAUGGUUGGAGCAGUGAAGAAGAUGAUGAUGUAUUUGAUGCUACAGAUCAGGAAGCAUCCUCACCACAAACAGGCCCACCCUUAGUAUCGGAGGAGGAACUGGCUAGUUUAGCCCUCAUUACCCCAGCCAAGACCAGCCAGUAUUCAGGUUCCAGAGUCAAAGCUCUCAUCCAGAUUCUGCAGCAUCAGCUGGACCAGCAGGAACUGCUAAAAGAGUUUAUGGCUUUAGAACAUCUGAAACCUUCGGACAAUUGUCUGGUGGGAAAAGCCCCUGAGAACAGAGACAAGAACCGCUACCGAGACAUCUUACCCUAUGACCAAACACGUGUUGCCAUUGGAGAGAACCAGGAGUAUAUCAAUGCAAGCUACAUCCGUAUGCAAGUCGGAACUGAGGAGUUCUCCUACAUUUCCUGCCAAGGGCCUCUGCCCUGCACAGUGCAGGCCUUCUGGCAAAUGAUCUGGGAAAACAAAUCUGAUAUAAUUUCCAUGAUGACCCAGGAGGUAGAACGGGGACGGAUUAAGUGUCACAAAUAUUGGCCUGAGAGGAAAAGCAUGCCUUUGGACAUGGGCAGGUACCACCUUCACCUGGAAAACCAACAGUACCUGGACUACUUUCAAAUUAAGGUCAUCCGCAUGGUGGACAUAAAGACUGGUGAGACACACUUUGUUCAUCACCUGAAGUUCACGCACUGGCCUGACCAUGGUGUGCCACACUGCUCUGAGGAGCUGGUUCGCUUCAUCCGCUAUAUGAGGGCGGUGCAUCACAAGGGGCCAAUCACUGUCCACUGCAGUGCUGGCAUUGGACGCACAGGAGUUCUUAUCUGUACCGACAUAAUCCUUAACCUCAUUGAGAAAGACUUGCCUAUUAAUGUGAGUGACAUCGUUAAAGAAAUGAGACUUCAGCGGCAUGGGAUGAUUCAGACCAAGGAACAGUACCUCUUCUGCUACAAAGUCUGGUUAGAGGUUUUACAAGGGAUUUUACAGCUUCAAGGCAACAAGUGGCAGCCAGAAAGUCCAAGAGACCACAGAGUAGUUUGAAUGUGUCUACCUUUAGCUCAGCAACAUGUACCUGUAAAGUAAAGGCUGUGAAUGUUCAACCAUGUGCAGCCAAUCACAGCAGAGUGAUUUGCUGCUGAUAGCUUUUCCUUUGACUGUCGUUAGUUACGUCAGCUUUAAUAUUUUUUCUUGCUACAGUGACUUUAUCUCUUUUUUUUUAUUUUCUUUAAUUAUUUUUUUAUUUUUUUAUUAUUUAUUUCUGUGUAUGUGUUUUCGGUGCUGUGAUUAUGUAAACUUGAUUUAGAUCACAGAGGUUGUUUUGCCUUUUCAGGUUUAGUCAUUUGCCUUCUUAAUCAAGCUUUUUUUAAUUUUGUGUUGUUAUUUCAUUACUUUUCUCAAUGUCUUUUCAUUUUUUCAAAUAUAUUUGUUUGUAAAUCAUGCUGCACGGAAUUGUAAAGCUGGUAAUUUCCAUAUCUUCCUUCCACAAGUAAUGUCCUCAAAGUGCACAAAAGUACAAUCAUCACCCCUGUGUUAGUAAUUGCUUAACGCCUCGUUGAGCAUCAUUUGAUUAAGCAAUGUGUUAUCAUUUCAUUUAAGUGCAUUUGUACCCCAGAGAACGGGGCAUUUGUGAAAGAACAUCGAUGAUUUUUUUAAAUUCAUCAUCUAAGGAAAUGAAAAGAAUCAAGUGCCUUGGAAAGUCACACCCCACUUAUGUCACAGUGACCCUGGGCCUCUGGUCACAAGUGGUGGAGACACAAAGCAAGAAACUGACGUUAGAGCAGCUGAUGAUGGUUAAACUGAGUGUGAAGCUUUUGGAUGUUUGUGGUCUGAGGUUGAAGUUUAGUUGACCCAAACCAGAGGAAGGUUACAUCUCACCUUAGUAGUUCAAUGUAACUGCAAAACAGUGUGAUCGCACAUCGCCUUUCUUUUUUUCUUUUCUUUCUUUCUUUUUUUUUUUGUGGGCUCAUUUUAUAUAAAACACUAAGUUUCAAACACAACUUGCACAAAUUAAUA